CCGCUCACCCAACGCGCCCGACCUCACCCAAAUCCCCCCACCUCCCUCCCACCCCUGCUCCGCGGCGUUCUAUGGCAUACACCUCCUCCCUCCACCUCCCCAAGCACCUGCUCCUGCCCAACCCCCGCCGGACCAGGCACAGGUCCUCCUCCUCCGUCUCCUUCGUCCCUGCCGCCGUGGCCAGGGCCAACGGUGUGGACGGGCGCGCGCCCGAGAAGAAGCCGCCGCCGCCCAACGGCAAGGCGCGCAUCAACGGCGUGAACGGCAAGAAGGGGGCGAAUGGGCACGUCAACGGCAACAAGAGGGUGAACGGGCACGUCAACGGCAACAAGGGCGUCAACGGGCACGUCAACGGCCAUGCCGACCGGAUCCACCUCUCGGUGAGCACGGGCGGCGGCGGCGUGGGGGCAAAGGACGGCUCCGGGCUCCGCGUGGCGGUCCAGGGCGCGCCCGGCGCGUACAGCAAGUUCGCGGCCAAGACGGCGCUGCCCGGGUGCGACACGGUCCUGUGCCGGACCUUCGCGGACGCGCUGGCGGCCGUGGAGCGGGGCGGCGCCGACCGCGCCAUCCUCCCCGUGGAGUCCACCAUGGAGGGCACCGCGCUGCGGAACUACGACCUGCUGCUGCGGCACGGCCUGGUGGUGGCGCAGGAGAUCAACCUCUUCGUGCACUAUUGCCUCCUCGCCAUGCUGGGGGUGCGCGCCGCCGAGGUGCGCCGCGUCAUCAGCCACCCGAUGGCGCUCGCGCACUGCGGCCGCGCGCUGGCGCGCCUCGGGGUGGACCGCGAGCCCGUCGAGGACACCGCUGGCGCCGUCGAGAUGCUGCGCUCCAACCGGAUGCUCGACACUGCCGCCAUCGCCAGCCCGCGCGCCACCGACCUGUACGGCCUCGACGUGCUCGCGCACGGCCUCCAGGACGAGUCCUGGAACGUCACGCGCUUCCUGCUCCUCUCCAGGCCGCCGUCGCCCGUCGCGCUGCACGUCGACGCCGACGCCAAGACCAGCAUGGUCGUCGCGCACCGGGGCGGCUCCAUGAUGGUCCUGCUCAAGGUGCUCUCCGCCUUCUCCUCCCGCAACAUCGACCUCACCAAGCUGGAGGUCAUCAACAACGACGGCGACGCCGCCGGGGCCGGCGCCCGCCCGCCGGUCAUGAUCCUGGACACGAGCGCCCGGGGCGCGCCCACGCUGCGCGCCUUCCCGCAUGUCCUGUACGUCGACUGCGCGGGCGCUGCGCAAGACCCGCGCGUCCGCGAGGCCAUCCAGGAGAUCGAGAAGUUCGCCGUGUUCGUGCGCGUGCUCGGCUGCUACGCCACCGACUCCACCGUCUACGACCUGCAAUGAGGGAGGGGAGGAGGAGGAUAGGAUCGCC